UGGUAGACGAUGUGCACUCCUUAGACUCAUGCUCAUAUUUCAUGACAUGACAAUCCAGUUUGAUGAGAUUUGAUUCUGCUAAAUAAUAUACUUCAUCCGAUGACAUCAUUUAGUUGAUUGUGCAACUUGUGCAACGUAAAAAAACAUUCUGGGCGUUUUUAUUUGCUUGUUCCUGUUGUCUAUUGAAUUCCAGAAACAUGUUUGUCGUGAAUAAUAUGCCAUGUUGUCAUUACGGGUUUUAGUGUAAUACAAUGAAGAAUUUUACCAUAUACAUUUGGUAAAGCGUCAUCCAAAUGUUGCACAAUCCGUCACAUCAAAUCCCAGAAUGGUUCUCGUUUGAAAUGAUUCAAAAGACCAAAGGUUAUCUAAAGGACAGAGGAGCUAUUAAACUCUAUCUUGUCAAAUAUUAUUCGUCCAGUCAACCUGAAAGCAACCAAACCUAUAGCAAUUUAACUCAUUUUUUUUUGUCACACUGAAAUUUGCUAUAUAUAUACAUAUUUGUUUUGCUCCCAUUCCAUGCCAUGAAAAUCCAGAUUGACGAACGGUACAGAUAAGUUUGAUGAGACUUGAUCCUGCUAAAUAAUAUACUUCAUUCAUCCGAUGACUUCAUUUAGUUGAUUGUGCAACGUAAAUAAACAUCCUGGGUGUUAUUAGUUGCUUGUUCCUGUUAUCUAUUGAAUUCCAGAAACAUGUUUGUCGUUAAUAAUGUGCCGUGUGCGAAUGUUGUCAUUACGGGUUUCAGGGUAAUACCAUGAAAAUUUUUAUCGUAUACAUUUGGUAAGGCGUCAACUAAAUGAUGCACACUCCGUCACAUCAAAUCCCAGAAUUAUUCUUGUUUUAAAUUAUUCAGAGGACAAAGGGUUAUUUAAAGGACGGCGAAGCUAUUACGUUCUAUCUUGUCAAAUAUUAUUCGUCCAGUCAACCUGAAAGCAUCCAAACCUGUAGCAAUUUAACACAAUUUUUUUGGUCUCACUGAAAUUUGCUGUCUAUAUACAUAUAUAUUUGUUUUGUUUGUUUCCAUGUAAUAAUCUAACGAAAUGUCGUCUGAUUUCAGCAACAAUUUAAAUUUUCUCGGUCCUCCUGAAGGGUUUGCCAAAUUUUGCCUUGAAGUACAAGCAUCUUUCUCCACUUAUCCAGACGACAAACAUCACUCUACCAGAACUGUGUUAGCCAAUCUUCUCAAAGUUGCAAAAUCCUCAAUCGCGAUAGGUAUCGGGGCUACAGAGUUGCUUUCAAUUUUUCCAAUAUUUUCAAAAUCCGGUGCUAUAAUUAUAGAGCCAUGUUUUUGGGAGUAUGAGUAUUUCUACAGGCGGACCCACGGAGACGCACAACCGCUUUUUAGAUUAACAUUGCUAGAGCCAGAUUUCAAGCUGGACUACAAUGAGUUGGAGCGUUCAUUAAGUAGUACGGGGGUAGAUCUGUGCUACCUAGCUAAUCCAAAUAAUCCAACUGCCACCGAAUUAGAUAACCCUAAAAUUCUGGAAAUAAUCUGCAAACAUCCUGACGUUCUUUUUAUUGUGGACGAGACAUACAUCAAUUUUUCACAGUCGGACCUAAAAAGUCUUGUACCAUAUAUCACCACAGCUACGAAUAUUUGUGUCGUAUCCUCUUUGUCGAAGAUAUACUCACUGCCUGGGCUGAGAAUUGGGAUUGCAGUGUCCAAUUCUGAACUUAUUUCUACAAUGUACGAAAGAUAUUUACUCCCUUAUGGCGUCUCGCCGAUUUCACUUUCUGCAAUUCCGUGGCUAUUAAAGCAAACUGAUUAUAUCGGUAGGACGCAAGAAAUGUACACCCAAAGGAGAGACUACAUGACGAAAAAAAUUGGAAAGCUGUUCAGCCAUAAUAUUCAAAUUGUGGAGUCUAGCUCCGCUUUUGUCCUGUUAAAAAUUAAUUCAUUCAGUAAAAAUAUGGCUAAGGAAUUGAAUAAGAUGGGUUUAACUGUUAGAAGCGGAAGCGAAUUUCCUAAGUUAGGAAAUAAUUGGAUACGCGUUUCUAUUAAAGAUUAUGAACAUAUUGACAAGUUGGUUGACGGCUUGAAGAACGUUUUGAGUGUGCGAAAUUAAACCGCAGGUUUAUUAUAUGGAAAUUCAUUCAUUUGAUUGACCACGUAUUGCUAAAUUAAAGGCGAGAUUAAAGUUAUUAUCUAGUACUUACAUUUAAUUUACCGCUAUAUUACGGGGGAAAGAACAAACAAUGAGAGUGAUGACAGAAGGCUUAGACUAAAAAACAAACAAACUUAGUUUAAUCUAGUAAUAGCAAUAAAUGAUGUCAAUCUCCUAAA